AUGGCCUUCCUCCUUGCUCCCUAUCUUCCCAAGACUGCAGGAUGGCUCGCAUACUGGCAGCUCUUCGUCGCCACAACCGCCGUCUUCAACACCGUCCAGAACUUCGUCACCCUCAAGUUCACCCGUAGGGUCUACAACAACGUCCCCAGCGCCAGUGUUACCGCCCUCCAGGCGCGCACCUUCGCUGUGUGGACCCUCACCUCGGCUAUUAUCCGUGCAUAUGCUGCCUACAAUAUCAACAACAAAAUCAUCUAUGACAUGGCGUUCUUCACCUACCUCAUCGCGUUCGGUCACUUCUCUUCAGAGCUCUUCAUCUUCCGCACCUGUAAGCUCGGGCCGGGCGUCAUAAGCCCCGUCAUCGUCUCGACCACCAGCCUCAUCUGGAUGUUCACCCAAUACGACUUCUACGUCCGAUCCUAA